AUGUCUCUCGGAAAGAAGGUUACUCUCAACUCCGGUGCUCAGAUCCCCCAGCUGGGAUUUGGUACCUGGCAGUCUGCCCCCGGUCAGGUCGGUGAUGCCGUCUACGAGGCCUUGAAGGCCGGCUACCGCCACUUGGAUCUGGCUACUAUCUACCAGAACCAGCGCGAGGUUGCUGAGGGCAUCAAGAGAGCCUACAAGGACGUCCCUGGCCUCAAGCGUGAGGACAUCUUCAUCACCUCCAAGCUGUGGAACUCCCAGCACGACCCCGCCGUUGUUGAGAAGGCUCUGGAUGAGUGCCUUGCUGAGCUCGAGCUCGACUACCUCGAUCUCUACCUCGUCCACUGGCCCGUUUCCUUCACCACCGGCUCCGAGUUGUUCCCCCUCGUCAAGGACAGCUCCGUUGAGGGCGGUGAUGUCGUGAUCAACGACGACAUCUCCAUCGUCGACACCUGGAAGGCCAUGACCCAGCUCCCCAAGAGCAAGGCCCGCACCGUCGGUGUCUCCAACCACAUGAUCCCUCACCUCGAGGCCAUCAUCAACGCCACCGGCGUUGUCCCCGCCGUUAACCAGAUCGAGCGCCACCCCGUUCUCCAGAGCAACGAGCUCAUCGAAUACUGCCAGAAGAAGGGCAUCCACGUGACCGCCUACUCUGCCUUCGGCAACAACGGCUUCGGCGUCCCCCUCCUCGUCACCCGCCCCGAAGUCAAGGAAGUCGCUGAGUCCGCCUCCAAGCGCCUCGGCACCACCGUCACCCCUGCCCAGGUCAUCCUGGCCUGGUCCCAGGUCGGCGGCCACAGUGUCAUCCCCAAGUCGGUGACGCCGUCCCGCAUCCAUGAGAACUUCAAGGAGGUGGAGCUCACUCCCGAGGAAAUCGCCAAGGUGUCCGAGCUGGGCAAGGACCGCAGACGCUACAACACUCCUUACGUUGCUAACACGCCUCGCUGGGAUAUCGACAUCUUCGGUGAGGAGGAGGAGAAGCCUGCUGGUCAUAAGAUUUGGUCUCCAGUACUAUUUGCUGCAGGGUAUUCAAGUAGUGCUUGGGUGGGGAGAGGGAAGGUAAGUUGGGAUACCGUCCAUUUAGUUGGCAAUCAUACGCCAUUAUUACGCCAACAAACAACUCCAAGAUUUGCACGCCUCAGUUUCUAA